ACACACACACACCCCAAAACCCAAAUGAAAACUAACCUCCAUUGUUGGAGUAACCAAAAACCUCACUUGCUGCGAAAUUGGGUGUUUAUAUUUGGCUAGAAGCCUGCUUGGGAAAAUAUUUCAACUGGGAAGGAAGAGCAAACUACACAAAACUCUUUGCAGCAUACCACCGAAGAUUUAACUUUCCCUUUCAACCAUCCAACUGCAAGAAAUUGUUUGUCAUCGCAAGCAUCCGUUUACUCUUCUGCUUUUUCCCUAGCAAAAUAACAGAGGCAGAAAUUUGAGUCUUGAAUGAAAGGGAAUUUAGAAAAUUGAUAACUGGAUGCUUGGGGAGAGAGAUAGAGAAGGGUUUUAGCUUUUUUCUUUUUUUUGGUUGCAGAAAUGGAGAGUAAUAAGAGUAGCAAUGAGAUGGUGGCGACCAAUCAAGGAAAGGUUUUCCAGAGAGGAAUCCGCAUAGAGAAUCCUUUUACUUUCAAGGUCGGUCAAGUAUUUACAGGCUUCGGCAUUGGUUGUGGUGUUGGCAUCGGUGUUGGUCGCCCCGUAAAUCUCGGUGCAAUACCAAUGAUUGGGCAAGUUAUGAGUGCAACCAGGGGUGCAACAGAUGCAUUUUCUGGUGUUAGCCGACAUGUAAAUAGUGCUUUAAGGAAGUUGGGAGCUAAUAACAUUGAAGCAGGGAUUGGAUGCGGAGUUGGUUUUGGCUAUGGUUUUGGAGUAGGCCUUGCUGUGAAGCCUUGGGUAUUGCAUCAAAUUCAAUCUUCUCUUGUACAAGCAAUGACAAAAUUGACAACCAAGUUUGGAAUGACACCUAAUUUACCCAUUGAUCAAGUUGCUCUUCCUGGAUCUUUCCAAAGUGGUAUGAGCAUGACCAGUAAACCCUCGAAUCAAAACGCCAUGGGAAGUACUGUGCCAACAGCCACAAAGAUACCAGAAAGCACUUCUCAAAUCUUGCCUGGAUAUGGAAAUGUACGUGGAAAUUCUACUGAUGACAAAUUUGUAUCAGAAGAUAAUCUGGGCAAUGCAGCUUUUGACAGUAGAACAGAGAAGGUUCUCAAUAAUUUUCUGCACAAUCCAGCUUUGAAGGAAGUGGAUUCUAACGUAAAUGAGCUAGUUGGACACUUGCAUUCUGAAAAUCGCUUGCUUCAAAUGGUGUUGAAGCAUCAGCAGAUAAUAGAGGAUCUUGUGGAGGAUAAUGAGAAGCUUCAAAGGAUACUAGUAGAAGAACUGAAAGUACCGCCAAACAAGCUAAAAGCCAGUUACUCGGGUAGAAGCAGCAGAAGUCCAUGUAUUGAUUGUUUUGAGUGCCGAAGGAAACAGAGGAGAAAAUAGAUACUUAUGGCAGGAAGUAUCUUAACGGAUUCAACCUCGGAUUUUGGGAGUUGAGCGUAAUUUUGUUACUGAACUGUGAGGGACUGAUGCUCAUGGACUAUGUAAUGAGAGUAAAGGUGAGAAGAAGAGUAUAUACACACACAUAUAUAUAUAUAUAUAUCUCGGUCCCUUUGGAAAAUUUGAGUCACCUGAUUAAAUAUAGAAUACAGAGACCUUUUGAGGAGUUUUACGCUCUUUUAAAGAAAACCUUCAGGAGUGAA